CCGCCUCCCCCGCCGCCUCCGCCGCCUCCUCGUCGCCUCGCCGAGCGCGCGCACGGUGAUUUGAAGGACCAAGAUCGCAUCUUCACCAACCUGUACGGGAAGCACGAUCCGUUCCUGAAGGGCGCGAUGAAGCGCGGGGACUGGCACAACACGAAGUCGCUCGUGGAACUCGGGGCGGAUUGGAUAAUAAGCGAGAUGAAGGCGAGCGGAUUGCGCGGACGCGGCGGCGCGGGGUUCCCGAGCGGGCUGAAGUGGUCGUUCAUGCCGAGGGUGAGCGAUGGACGGCCGAAUUAUCUCGUGGUGAACGCGGAUGAGAGCGAACCGGGGACGUGCAAGGACAGGGAAAUCAUGCGACACGACCCGCACAAGUUGUUGGAGGGAUGCUUGAUCGCGGGGACGGCGAUGCGGGCGCGUGCGGCGUACAUUUACAUUCGUGGUGAGUAUGUGAACGAACGGUUGGCGCUGGAACGGGCGUUGGCGGAGUGUUACGCGGCGGGAUAUUUGGGGAAGAAUGCGUGCGGAAGCGGGAUGGAUUUCGACGUCAACAUUCACUACGGCGCUGGGGCGUAUAUUUGCGGCGAAGAGACGGCUUUGAUCGAGUCUUUAGAGGGUAAACAGGGCAAACCGAGGUUGAAACCGCCGUUCCCCGCCAACGUCGGCCUGUACGGAUGCCCGACGACGGUGACGAAUGUCGAAACCGUCGCCGUGGCGCCGACGAUUUUGCGCCGAGGCGCGGAUUGGUUCGCCUCCUUCGGUCGAAAGAAUAACGCCGGUACGAAGUUGUUUUGCAUCUCUGGGCACGUCAACAACCCGUGCACGGUGGAGGAAGAGAUGUCUAUUCCUUUGCGAGACCUCAUCGAGAAGCACUGCGGCGGCGUGCGAGGCGGUUGGGACAACCUCUUAGCCGUCAUCCCCGGCGGAUCCUCAGUACCGCUCAUUCCCAAGAACGUGUGCGAAGACGUGUUGAUGGAUUUUGACUCUUUGAAAGAAGCCCAGAGCGGUCUCGGGACCGCGGCGGUGAUCGUCAUGGACAAAUCCACCGACGUCAUCGACGCCAUCGCGCGUUUGAGUUACUUUUACAAGCACGAAUCGUGCGGCCAGUGCACGCCCUGCCGCGAAGGGACGUCGUGGUUGUACAACAUCAUGCAACGCAUGGUCAAGGGCGACGCGCGUCUCGAAGAGAUUGACACAUUACAGGAGCUCACGAAACAAAUCGAAGGGCACACUAUUUGCGCUCUCGGCGAUGCCGCUGCGUGGCCGAUACAAGGAGUGAUUCGCCAUUUCCGCCCUCUCCUCGAAGAAAGAAUCUCUCAGUUUUCUUCUUCCCCGUCGGAAAAAAUCACGGCGUAA